CUGACACCGCAGAAUCUGGAGGAAGAGAAACAAAGCAGCAUUAACACCGGUCUGUAAAGUGCAUACAGCCCUCAGGAGUGAGCAGGGUUAUUCUUUCUACUGCCAUCUGACAGUUCACUGCAGGACCGACCCACCGGAGGGAAGACAGCAUUAACAAUCAAGUUCCUGCUGGAAAGGGAGGGAAGAGACUCCCACUGAUGGUCCUUAAACCAUGGCCGCAGAGCCCCGCAUCUGAGAGGGCAGCUUAGGACCGGGAUUCCCAUGUGCCUUCGAGUUUGCUAAGCUGCUGGUUUAUUACCAAAAGAAAGAAAGAAUGUGGCAGAUUGUUUUCUUUACUUUGAGCUGUGAUCUUGUCCUAGCCGCAGCCUAUAACAACUUUCGGAGAAGCAUGGACAGCAUUGGGAGAAGGCAGUAUCAGGUUCAGCACGGAGCCUGCAGCUACACUUUCCUCCUGCCAGAGACAGACAACUGUCGCUCUUCUAGCUCCUACGUGCCCAACGCCGUGCAGAGGGACGCACCACUAGAUUACGAUGACUCGGUGCAGAGGCUGCAAGUGCUAGAGAACAUCAUGGAAAACAACACUCAGUGGCUAAUGAAGCUUGAGAAUUACAUCCAGGACAACAUGAAGAGAGAAAUGGUAGAGAUGCAACAGAAUGCGGUACAGAACCAGACCGCUGUGAUGAUAGAAAUAGGAACAAACCUACUCAAUCAAACAGCAGAGCAAACACGGAAGUUAACAGACGUUGAAGCACAAGUAUUAAAUCAGACAACAAGACUUGAACUUCAGCUUCUGGAACAUUCCCUUUCCACCAACAAAUUGGAAAAACAGAUUUUGGAUCAGACCAGUGAAAUAAACAAAUUGCAAGAUAAGAACAGUUUCCUGGAAAAGAAAGUACUAGACAUGGAAGACAAGCAUAUAGUUCAACUACGGUCAAUAAAAGAAGAGAAAGAUCAGCUCCAGGUGUUAGUAUCCAAGCAAAAUUCCAUCAUUGAAGAACUAGAAAAACAACUGGUGACCGCCACAGUGAAUAAUUCGGUUCUCCAAAAGCAGCAACAUGAUCUGAUGGAGACAGUUCAUAAUUUAUUGACUAUGAUAUCAACGUCAAACUCAGCUAAGAACUCCUUUGAUGUUAAGGAAGAGCAAGUCAUUUUCAGAGACUGUGCGGAAGUAUUCAAGUCAGGACUGACAACCAACGGCAUCUACACGCUCACAUUCCCUAAUUCCACAGAGGAGAUCAAGGCAUACUGCGACAUGGAAACCUCUGGAGGCGGGUGGACGGUCAUUCAGCGGCGUGAAGAUGGCAGUGUUGAUUUUCAGAAGACUUGGAAAGAAUAUAAAGCGGGAUUUGGGAACCCUUCCGGUGAACACUGGCUGGGAAAUGAGUUUGUUUCCCAAGUGACCAAUCAACGGCCCUAUGUGCUUAAAAUACACCUUAAAGACUGGGAAGGGAACGAGGCGUACUCACUGUAUGAACAUUUCUAUCUCUCCGGUGAAGAACUUAAUUACAGGAUUCACCUUAAAGGACUUACAGGGACAGCCGGCAAAAUAAGCAGCAUAAGCCAACCAGGAAAUGAUUUUAGCACAAAGGAUGCAGACAACGACAAAUGUAUUUGCAAAUGUUCACAAAUGCUCACAGGAGGCUGGUGGUUUGAUGCAUGUGGUCCCUCCAACUUGAACGGAAUGUACUACCCACAGAAGCAGAACACAAAUAAGUUCAACGGUAUUAAGUGGUACUACUGGAAAGGCUCAGGCUACUCGCUCAAGGCCACAACCAUGAUGAUCCGACCAGCAGAUUUCUAGAUGCCUGCACACACCUGAGGAGUGGUGGCCGACUACUCUUAUUUUCAGAGACCUAAUCCUGAAGCUCUAAAAGACAAGGCUGCAUACUGUGCCCUCGUCCACCUCAGAGAGGCAGCAUGCGCUCAGGUGCCACAGGGAUCCAUGAGCUCCAGCUUAGAGCCCCGUAAAACCUCCUCACUCAAACCUGCAUCACUCAUGCACCGACGCACAGCCCUGGUAUUGUGACCUGGUAGAAUGCCUAUGUGAAGAUAAAUCUAAGCCUGCAAAUUUAAGACUGACAAUUUACAGACUCUGUUGUCACAACCAAGAAUGUUGUGCCGGGUUCAUCCGUAAAUAACUGGAAAACAGAACACUUAGGCUAUACAGUAGAGAUAACCUUGGAGCUACAUUUUUCUAAGCCCUGUUUAUAGAUUGUGUAAAUAUCCAUAUGUCCUGAAUUCAGCAUCACUAUCGUAACUGAAAGG